UUUUUUUUUUUUGGGUAAGUUCAUGCUGCAUGCACUACUGACUUUUCUUAGUGAUGUCCUUUAGAGCUGACUUUUAGUACAAUACUAGCUUUUACUAUUAACUCGACCAUGUAUACAACUAUUUUGGAUCAUUUAAUGCUUCUUAUCUUCUGUUUGCUUUGGAUAAAGUGUAUUGAAAUUAAUAAGCUUUCGUUACUACUAUCAUAUUUUUUAAUUUUAGAGCCAUCUAAUCUUGCUUCAUUUAAGUGAUACCCCGUCUUAGCUUCUUUGUCUAUUUUUUGUAACUGAACAUAGCAUGUCAUUCACUUAAAGAGAGAAGAAAUUUUGCUAAUGGGAGUUUCUUUAUUAGAAUUUGGUUUGAAUGUCAUAUUGUCUGCACCCAUCUCUCCUUUACGAGAGAUUGGCUUUCCAAGGAAGGUUCUUAUGUGGUGAAGAUUAUGAUAGAGUUCUUAUUCGCUUUUUUGAGGCUUAUAACAAGGAUUUGGUGGUGGGAUUGAAGAUCCUUCACUAGAGAGGCAUCUUGGCCGUGGUUGAAGUGUUUGGCUGGCGCUUGGCUGGUGAGAAAAGCCAGCUUUACUAGGAUGCUGAAGGACUUCCAGCUUUGUAAGGCCAUACAUUAUAAACUCUGGUUGAGAGAGCUUAACUCCAUUUUAUUGAAUCACUCUCUUCCACUUAGUCUAACAGAGCAUCUUCUGUAAUGAAUGAUGCCAUCUGGUUAAGAGUUAGUAGUUUGUUAAACAUUAAUUGAGCAAGGAGCAACAUGGCUGCAUUGGAGAACUGGUAGGUGAUAGAGAUGGGAGAGAUGGUUACAUUUCUAUGAUUUCAGUCUUGCUUAUGAAGUUAACAUGAUGACUAAGAGGGAAACAUCGAGGAGGAUUGGAAUUUAUGUAACUGGAAGUAGAUUGAAUGCUUUUUUCUUUUUCAUUUUGGAACAUUACUUGUGUAUUCAGUAGGCAUGGAACCAAGAAAACUAGAGGAACUCAUUCUUUGAAAGUAAUUAAAGAAGUUUAUGGAUUUAUUCCCGCUUUAUCAAUUUCACCAUGCUACCAAAAGAUUUUUCUGCUUGGAGAGAGCUAGAGCUUGUAGAAAAGUUGGAAAAAUAGCACAUUAUAUUCGUGGCUACUCAUCAAAUAUGCUGAAAAAAAAUCAUUACAGUUAUGGUCAAAUGCAUUUAAAGAAACAAUAUGGUUUGGUGUGGUCUAACAAUAGCCCAAACUUAGAAAGCUAAAGGCUUGUCCCAUGUGCUAAAACCUUACUUUUUUUCAUUGAAGCUUAGAACCCCAUCUUGUAUACUUGCUUUUGCAUUUUGUUUCUUUUCUAAUUCUUCAGGGGUGGGGGUUUUUAUUUUUAGUUUUUAUGCCGGGGAACCUCUUCAAGGCAGAACUCUUCGGACCCACUCCUGUAGAGUAAAUCCCGGUCCCAUGCACCACACCCUCAGAAGUUUCCCUGCACGGAACUAGUUAAAUCGCUGGCAUUUCACCAGGAGCUGUGGCCCCAAAUGAUUGUUUGCACCCAUGAGGUGUUGAAUCUUGGACCUUGAAGGGAGUGAUACCCCAAGACCAAGGCCUUCACCACUUGGGCCAACCCCUUGGGGUUGGUUGGGGGUUUUGAAUUGGGAGAGUAGGCAUUUCUACUGUGAAAACAUAUAUCCUGGUGCUAGUUUUGUCUAAGUUAUGUUCAGUUGACAAGAAACUUUGUUCUCAUCGAGGCUGUACUUGAAUGGUUCUUCAUCAAAUUUUAAGAAAUUCUACUUUCACAGAGUAAGAUGGGUCAAAAAAUGGGAGCAUGAUGGCAGCAGCAGAAGCAAGAACUGCAUGGCAGAAAACAGCUAAUCGGUACUUCGUCCAAGAAGAUGCCAAAAGGGCUCCCAAGUUCACCUGCUGCCAGUCAUCAUCUUCAACAUCCAAACAGGUUAAUGCUGGACCUACCAAUACAGACGAUGGGCAAGAUCACUCUGCCUUGGGUUUUAUGCCCCUUAACAGGAACCCUUCAUUUUCCAAUCUACCCCAUGACACAAGAUGGUGGCUCCAAUUACAUUCUAGCUAUGGGUACCAAAAGGGUUUAACAUAUGAACAGUUAAGCGACUUAGAGGCCCGAGUUGAUUCCAUAAGAGUUGACACUGUGAAAUCAACAACAAAGUUUGAUGAGGUCCACCCACUAAAAGGAGACAAUAUUCAUCUUGACGAUCAGGACAACUGUGAUUCUUCUCUUGAUAUGAAAUGUAGAGUUUCUGCCAUUUGUAUGAAUAAAGCUCCUGAAGUCAGAGAGCAAGAGGUAAAGGCUCUAUGUAGCAAGAAUCCCGAGAAAUGUCUUGAACUUAUGGGUAUGGAUCCUUUUAGUUGUCCAGUUUCCAAACAACCUAAUGAGUUUUGUUUAGAUCCAGAAUCUCCAUGGAUUGGUGGUGAUAAGCCUGAGCCAUGGUGGCGAAUUACAGAUAAAGACGAACUGGUCUCCUUGGUCCUCAAGAAGUCACAUAACCAUAUUGAGAAUUGUGAUCUUCCCGCACCUCAGAAAAUGUAUGUUAGGACGCACCCAUAUGCUCACCUCGGGUGCCUUGACCGUGAUGAAGCAAUGGCGUCAUCUUUUGGUUGGGAGGCCCGAACUGGUGGUAUUCCCAAUAGGAGUCAUGCGCAGGGCUGUCCUGGUUCUGGGAAACCACAUGGAUACCAGGGGGCUUCUUCCGAAGAAGGGUGUUCACAGUAUGGAUCUGACAAGUCAUUCAGCAGUUAUAGUAGAAACCACAAGGACAGACAAGUUUCUGAAAGUGACCAUGGCAAAGCUCAGUUAAUGGAAGCACUGUGCCAUUCACAAACACGUGCAAGGGAAUCCGAGACAAUAGCAAAGCAGAUUUAUGCUGAGAAGGAGCACAUUCUUAAACUCUUUUUCAGACAAGCCGCCCAACUUUUUGUCUAUAAGCAGUGGUUCCAACUACUGCUGCUAGAGACCCUUUACAUCCAGAUUGAGAAGAAUGAAGGGUCGGUUUCCACUCUCUUCCCUGAGUUCCUUCCAUGGAUGCCUUACAAAGGUCAGAAACAGCGAAAGAGCAGGCUAAGGGCUACAAAGGGGAGAAGAGUCGAGGAUCGGCGAGUAAGGCAUGAUAUCGCAAAGUAUGCUGUUGCUUUUGCAUUGGGGUUGAGUAUUGUCAGUGCUGGCUUGCUCGUGGGUUGGACCCUUGGGUGGAUGUUACCUCCUUUCUAGAAAGGAGUUUCAAUCAAAACCCUCUGUUUGUUGUGAAGAUUGAUUUUUUACAAGGGGAAAGUGGCUGCUUUACAUUGAUAUCAUUUGCAUGUAUUUUCUUGGACUCUUAGGCUGUCUAAUGUAAAUUCUUUGUUGUACCUUUGCAUAUAAAUGUGAUAUGUGAUGGGUGUAUAUGUUGGAGGGGGAAUGUUGCUUGAGACAGAAACCUUCCCACGUUUCGUCGUGUUUUCAUUCGGAGUUCUUUUUU